AUGUAUGUAUUACUAAAGCUUGGUUUUUUAAAAACUCAUAAUGAUAAUGAUGAUGAUGAUGAUGUUAAUGACAAAUUGGAAUUCCUGUAUCCUCAUCAACAACAGGCAACACCCCCCAGACAAACACAACAAAAUCAAAAUAAUGUCACAAAAGAACUUAAUAAACCAAAAGGUCGAAUGUCAGCAUAUACAUUUUUUGUACAAACAUGUCGUGAUGAGCAUCGUAAAAAACAUCCAAAUGAAAGUGUUAAUUUUACCGAUUUUUCAAAAAAAUGUGCCGAAAAAUGGAAGACAAUGAAUGAUACUGAAAAGAAACGUUUUGCUGAAUUAGCUGAAAUUGAUAAACAACGAUAUGAACGAGAAAUGGCUGUAUAUAUGCCCGGUGAGAAAAGAAAAAAAAAGAAGAAAGAUCCAAAUGCUCCAAAACGUCCAUUAUCAGCAUUCUUUUGGUAUUGUAAAGAAGAACGACCAAAAUUAAAACACAUAAAUCCAAGUCUAUCUGUUGGAGAAAUAGCAAAAAAAUUAGGUGAUAGAUGGAAUCAUACUCAACCAGAUGGGAAACAACCAUAUGAAGGACAAGCAACAAAAGAUAAAGAACGUUAUGAGAAAGAAAUGGGCGAUUAUAAACAAGCUAAUAAAAAAGCGCGUCAAACACAUUCUCAUUCACAACAACAACAACAGCAGCAACAGCAACAACAACAACAACAGCAGUCUAAUCAACAUCAACAACAGCAGCAAGCACAACAAUCGUUGCAACAGCAAGCUCAUCAUCACAAUCAAAAUACGAAUUCCAACCAAUCACCAAACGAUGUUCCUCAACAACAGUAUACACAACCGUAUGGUAUGCAGUCAUUUAAUCCGAUGCAAUCGUUUCAGCCUCAGGAUAAUGUCAAUGGCAUUACAUCAUUAUUUCCACAUUAUAAUGGUUAUCCGGUUCAGUUACAAAUGCCACAUAAUAAUGUAGGAUUUUAG